AUGUCCGACGAAAUUGUCUGGCAGGUGAUUAACCAACAAUUCUGCUCCUACAAGUUGAAAACUACCAAGGGGAACAAUUUCUGCCGCAAUGAAUACAACGUCACAGGUCUAUGCAACCGACAAGCCUGCCCGCUCGCCAACUCGCGGUAUGCAACGGUGCGCUCAGACCCAGAGACUGGCGCAAUGUACCUAUACAUGAAGACAGUUGAACGCUCUCACAUGCCGAACAAAUGGUGGGAGCGUGUUCGUCUUUCCUCCAACUACGCUAAGGCGCUGGAGCAGGUUGAUGAGCGACUUAUCUACUGGCCAAAAUUCCUGGUGCACAAGUGCAAGCAACGUCUUACCCGUCUGACGCAAGUCGGCAUCCGCAUCAGAAAUAUUGCCAAGGAAGAGGAUAGACUGGGUGAAAAGAUCGUGCCGAAGCUGGCUCCGAAGAUUCGUCGACGUGAGGAGACUCGCGAGCGAAAGGCCCUUUCUGCGGCUAAGGUUGAGCGUGCCAUUGAGCGCGAGCUCAUUGAACGUCUGCGCAGUGGUGCGUACGGUGAACAGCCGCUUAAUGUCGAGGAGGGCAUUUGGAAGAAAGUUCUCCGCGGCUUGGAGCGUGCUGGUGAGGGUGAGCGUGACGAGGAUCUGGAUGACGGAGAGAUGAUUGAGGAUGAAGAGGAGGAGGGUGUUGGUGAAGUCGAGUACGUCAGUGAUUUGGAUGAGGAGGAGGAUCUUGAGGAUAUCGAGGACUGGCUUGGUGGUGACUCUGCCGACUCGAGCGAUGACGAUGAGGAGAGUGACGAUGAGAGUGACGAUGACAGCGAGCCUCCUAGUGAGGAUGAGAAAAAGCCCAAGCCCGGGUCCAAGAGAAAGGCCCCUGCUCCUCAGGUCAAGCCGCGGAAGAAGGGAGCUCGUAUCGAAAUCGAGUACGAGACAGAGGAGACUGGCAAGGAGCAACUUAUGGCAUAG